GAUGUAGUGAACCCAUUGUCACUGAAUCACAGUAAAGCCAACCGUACCAUCUCCUCUCAAACAGGCCCUCAACACCCACCCUGUCGUACACAUUUCUCUUUCUAAAUACCCGUCAGAAACCAUGGCGCCCAAUCUAGAAAAAGCCCCAUCUGGGUUGCCUUCUCUUCUCUCUACAUCCUCUCAGUCCGGCCAAUUUCACCUCCGCCGAUCCCCCAACAUCCUACGAAAUGGUGCCCAAAUUUGGCCUCCCGACCAUCAAAUCAUAUUCUGUCUUCUCCGACGGAAGUUUCGUCGUCAAGCUCGAAAAUCUGUGUUAUGUACUUUCUGAGUUCUUGGUUUAUUACAAGAAGCGAAUCACAGGGAGUCCUCGAUUGUUGUCGCCGACGAGCUCGCAGUCGGCGUUGCAGAGGGCGGGGCGGAUCCUCUUACUGCAAACGAUGGAGCUUUACCCAAAAGCUCAAUUUGUUGGGUAAAAUAUAUCAGAAGGAUAAGGAAAACGAAGGGAUGGUAGAAGAAGUUCAAGACCUCAGGUCCUCCAAAAGGAACUAAGAAUCAGUAUGGUUUUUAUUACUCUCUAUAUGAUGAUUCUGAGCUGACAAGUUUAGUUCCGCACAACUUUAAUUUGGAAUAUUGGGUCUGCUGGUUGCAUAGCCAUUAUAUCCUUCCUCUUCAGCCGUUAUAUACUCUGAAGUGACAAUAUGGCCUCCACAUCAAGAAGCCAUACACUGGAAACAGAGGCCCAGAGAACUAGUGGAAUGAAUGGAGCUCAAAGUAACUUGGAAAAGAGCAAGGAAGAGGAGAGCACCAAUACAGUCCCAUUUUUCAAGCUAUUCUCAUUUGCAGAUUCUGCUGAUGUUAUGUUGAUGAUUGCUGGUACCAUUGGUGCCAUCGCAAAUGGGUUAUGCAUGCCCCUUGUGUCAAUUCUUUUUGGGGAUCUGAUUAAUUCUUUUGGACAAACCCAAAAUAGCAAAGAUGUGGUUAGUGUAGUUUCUAAGGUAUCACUGAAAUUUGUCUACUUGGCUUUGGGGGCUGGUGCGGCAUCAUUCCUCCGUGGCUUGCUGGAUGAUCACUGGAGAGAGACAAGCUGCACGAAUAAGAAAUCUUUAUCUGAAAACUAUAUUGAGACAAGAUAUUACUUUCUUUGACAAGGAAACAAAUACAGGUGAAGUUGUUGGGAGGAUGUCUGGUGAUACUGUUCUCAUACAAGAUGCUAUGGGUGAAAAGGUUGGGAAAUUUUUACAAUUGGUAUCUACAUUUUUUGGAGGCUUUGUAAUAGCAUUUAUCAAAGGGUGGCUUCUUACACUUGUCAUGUUAUCAUCCGUUCCUCUACUUGUAAUAGCUGGUGGAGCCAUGUCCCUCGUCAUAUCCAGGAUGGCAUCCCGUGGGCAAAAUGCUUACGCGAAAGCAGCAAUUGUAGUUGAACAGACAUUUGGCUCAAUCAGAACUGUUGCAUCAUUUACUGGGGAGAAGCAAGCUGUGACUAAUUACAAUAGAUCUCUUGUAAGUGCUUACAAGUCAAGUGUUCACGAAGGCUUGGCUGCUGGAUUAGGUUCAGGAACAGCUAUGUUUAUCAUGUUCUGCAGUUAUGCUUUGGCUGUAUGGUUUGGUGCCAAGAUGAUACUAGAAAAAGGAUAUACUGGGGGUGAAGUGCUCACUGUAAUUGUUGCUCUAUUGACUGGUUCCAUGUCUUUAGGGGAGGCAUCUCCCUGCAUGAGUGCAUUUGCUGCAGGUCAAGCUGCAGCAUUCAAGAUGUUUGAGACUAUUAAUAGGAAGCCGGAGAUAGAUGCAUAUGACACGAAGGGAAAAAUAUUGGAUGACAUUAGUGGAGACAUAGAGUUAAGAGAUGUCCAUUUUAGUUAUCCAACCAGACCAGAUGAGCAAAUAUUCAGUGCAUUCUCUCUUUCUGUCCCUAGUGGCACAACUGCAGCUUUGGUUGGGCCGAGUGGAAGCGGGAAGUCAACAGUGAUCAGUCUGAUAGAGAGAUUUUAUGAUCCACAAACUGGUGAAGUACUUAUUGAUGGAAUUGAUCUAAAAGAGUUCCAGCUUAAAUGGAUUAGGGAGAGAAUUGGUCUCGUCAGUCAAGAACCAGUGUUGUUUGCAGUCAGCAUUAAGGAUAAUAUUGCGUAUGGGAAGGAUGGGGCAACAAUUGAGGAGAUUAGAGCAGCAGCUGAGAUAGCAAAUGCUGCCAAGUUUAUUGAUAAACUGCCUCAGGGACUACAAACCAUGGUGGGUGAGCACGGAACUCAGCUGUCUGGCGGACAGAAGCAACGAGUUGCCAUAGCCAGAGCAAUUCUGAAAGAUCCACGAAUUCUACUUCUUGAUGAAGCAACAAGUGCACUUGAUGCUGAAUCCGAAAGGAUUGUGCAAGAAGCAUUAGAUAGGAUUAUGGUCAACAGAACAACAGUUAUUGUUGCCCAUCGUUUGAGCACAGUGAGGAAUGCUGAUAUGAUUGCCGUGAUUCAUCAGGGAAAGAUGGUUGAAAAAGGCUCACAUUUUGAACUACUCAAGGAUCCUGAUGGAGCAUACUCUCAGCUCAUACAAUUGCAAGAAGUCAACAAAGAUUCAGAACAAGAAGAUGCAGUUGAGCAAGACAAGUCAAAAAUUACUACGGAAUGUGGUAGACGGUCAAGGCAACAAAUGUCAUUCCUGCGUUCCACAAGUUGGGGCUCAUCUGGAGCAGGAAGCAGCAACCACCACUCACUACCAAAACUGUCGGAAAAGCGUCCAGAAGUUCCACUCCGCCGCCUUGCCUAUCUCAACAAGCCAGAGGUUCCGGUUCUGAUAGCAGGAGCCAUAUCUGCAGUCAUCAAUGGUGCAUUAUUUCCAGUCUUUAGUGUACUAAUUUCAAGUAUGAUCAAAACAUUUUAUGAGCCUCCACGUGAACUAAGAAAGGAUUCAAAGUUUUGGGCCCUAAUGUUUGUAAUUUUGGGAUUGGUAUCAUUACUGGUGUAUCCAGCACAGACAUACUUUUUUUCUGUGGCUGGGAGUAAGUUAAUAACACGGAUCAGGUCAAUGUGCUUUGAGAAGGUGGUUCAUAUGGAGGUUGGUUGGUUUGAUGAGCCCGAGCACUCAAGUGGAGCGAUUGGUGCAAGGCUGUCUGCAGAUGCAGCUAGUGUGCGAGCUUUAGUUGGAGACGCACUUGCUCAGGUGGCUCAGAAUGCUGCAUCUGCAGCUGCAGGUUUGGCCAUUGCUUUUGUAGCAAGUUGGCAGUUGGCGCUUAUCAUCCUUGCUUUGCUACCACUAAUAGGAGUUAGUGGAUAUGUUCAAGUGAAGUUCUUGAAAGGGUUCAGUGCAGAUGCAAAGAUGAUGUAUGAGGAAGCGAGCCAAGUUGCUAAUGAUGCAGUCGGAAGUAUAAGAACAGUUGCUUCUUUUUGUGCUGAAGAGAAAGUGAUGGAACUUUACAAAAGGAAAUGUGAGGGCCCUAUGAGGACAGGGAUAAGGCUAGGGUGGGUUAGUGGGAUAGGUUUUGGGGUAUCCUUUGCCUUGUUUUUUUGUGUCUAUGCAACCAGUUUCUAUGCAGGAGCCCGGCUUGUUGAGGAUGGAAAAACAACAUUCUCCGAUGUUUUCCGUGCAGUCGCUCUGGUUGGGGAAAGUGGAUGUGGGAAAUCAACAGUUAUCUCAUUAAUGCAAAGAUUUUACGAUCUUGAUUCAGGUCAUAUUUUGCUUGAUGGAAUUGAUAUUCAGAAGUUCCAGUUGAAGUGGUUGAGGCAGCAGAUGGGUCUUGUGAGCCAAGAACCUGUCUUGUUUAACGACACAAUACGUGCUAACAUUGCAUACGGAAAAGAAGGAAAUGCUUCUGAGGCAGAAAUUUUAGCUGCAUCGGAGUUGGCAAAUGCCCACAAAUUCAUUAGUGGGUUACAACAGGGGUAUAGUACGAUAGUAGGAGAGCGAGGAGUUCAAUUGUCUGGUGGGCAGAAGCAGCGUGUGGCUAUUGCAAGGGCCAUCGUGAAAAGUCCAAAGAUACUACUGCUGGAUGAGGCUACUAGUGCACUGGAUGCUGAAUCCGAGAGAGUGGUUCAAGAUGCAUUAGACCGAGUCAUGGUGAACCGAACUACAGUGGUGGUGGCACAUCGAUUGUCGACCAUCAAGAACGCGGAUGUUAUUCUGGUAGUUAAAAAUGGAGCCAUCGUGGAGAAAGGGAAACAUGAUGCUUUGAUCAAUAUCAAGGAUGGUUUUUAUGCCUCCUUGGUAGCACUUCACAUGAGCGCUUCAUCUUAGUAAUUUUUUCUUCUUCUAUUCUUUUUUUGUGUUUUCAUUUCUUCAAAAAAAAAAAUUGUGAAAGAUUGCAAUUAUGUUGUUCUGAUAAUUAUGUGAAUAUAAGUUGUUUUAGGAUUUUACUAACCAGAAAAAUAAAAUAAAAUAAAAAAGUUUGUUUUAUGAGUUUGAGAUACA